GAACACCCCCUGACUAAGAUAGUAUAGUCCGCCAAGAUGUCGAACCCGGUGCUGAACUUCUGUAUCCGCCUGAUGAAAUGGCUCCCAGUCGUCUUCAUAACCCUCAUCGUCCUCUGGUCGUACUACGCUUAUGUGGUGGAGAUGUGUGUGUUUGCCAUCACAAGCCUCCCACAGAAAGUGAUUUAUCUUGUCCUGUACCACAUCUUCUUCCUGAUAUUUGUGUGGUCGUACUACCAGACCAUCUUUGCUCCCGUGGGAAGACCUUCACAGGAGUUUUACCUGAGUAAAGCAGACGUGGACAGACUGGAACAUGAAGACAGAGAAGACCGACAACAGCAGCACCUGGCACAGAUGGCCAAGGACCUGCCUCUCGUCACUAGAACCAUCGGAGGAUCGAUCCGCUACUGUGAACCCUGCCAACUCAUCAAACCUGACAGAUGUCAUCACUGCUCCAUGUGUGGAACGUGCGUAUUAAAGAUGGAUCAUCACUGUCCCUGGGUGAACAACUGUGUUGGAUACAGCAACUACAAGUUCUUUGUGUUGUUCCUGGGCUAUGGACUCCUGUACUGUAUAUAUGUAGCAGGCACUUCUGUGGAGUACUUCAUCAAGUUCUGGAAUAAAGAGCUGGAUGACACCAUAGGAAAUGGAAGGUUCCACAUCCUGUUCCUGUUCUUUGCUGCGGCCAUGUUUUCCAUCAGCCUGGUCUCGCUGUUCGGAUACCACCUGUACCUGGUGUUCAGCAACAGGACCACACUAGAGUCCUUCCGAACCCCUAUGUUCAGACAUGGCCCUGACAAGGACGGCUUCAACCUGGGGUCCACCAACAACCUGAAGGAAGUGUUUGGGGAGGACAGGAGGUUGUGGUUCCUGCCAGUCUUCACCAGUCUGGGUGAUGGGCUGAAGUUUCCCACGCGAGUUCAGUACGAUCCGACUGAGCCGGCCCCGACAGAUUCCCCCGCCACUGAAUCCCCCGAUAGUCCCGAUAGCGUUGGUUUCGGUGACGGCAUGAGCUUCCCGACCAGAAGAACCUCGGAGGACUCCCACCAGCUAUUGAACGACAGACAACGCUGGGCAGAGGAGGGGGAGGGAGACGUCAGCGACAGGGAAACAGCUCUCACCACAGUACAGCCCCCUGGGCGUAGCAGAGUUCACGUAGAGGCAGAGACGUAGCGGAGGAGGGGGGAGUCUGGCUCUUGGAACAGCGUACCAAGACCCUACAAACUGUGCUUUACGUAGUCCUUUCAUGGGGAACAACAGUAUGAAAUUAUUUGGAAGCUCAGUUAUCAAAGGGGUUGAUCAUUUUGUAUACAGAAGAAACAUGUGUAUGUAUUUGUAAUGCUGGUGUACUUUAAAAAAAAAUACUGUUGACAUGUCGCUCUUGUCAGGAACACAAGUUUCUUUACAUUUCCCAAGUGGAAUUAUCCUCAUCUUUGCAAAACUCGAAGUAAAACCAUUUUGAUACAUGUACUUGAGCAGGAAUGUAUAGUAAGGUACGAUGUCGAAAGAUACAAUUGGGAUGCUUUGUUUUUUGUUUCUUAAAAUAGUUAUGCUUGUACAUUUUAAUGUGUAUGGUUUAGUAAGGAAAAACCCAAGAUUAUUUGGAUUGCAACCUACAUUUGUAGCAGAGGAAAAGAGUUUACAACAGACUACAUGUAUUUCAAAUACCCAGUGUAUUCAGGAAAAAAAAAGCUUUUUAGAUACUAUCAUCAAGAUGUAUGAUACUUCUGUAUUAAGGACCAAACUUUUUUUAGACUAUUAGAAGUCUUAAUCACUGAUAAAAAGACAAGAGUUUUUGUACAUACAGUUAUCGUUUCAUAUGCAGUCUCCCUUUAGAUUAUGUAAAUAUAUUUAGUAAAAAAAAUUAGCACAAGAUACAAACAGCAAUAUAAGAAAACUUGGAGCCCUCUGUGAAAACUUUCUAAAUCACAAACUUCAGGGAAAAUGUAUCUUAGAUUGCUGCACUGAUACUUGCCUUACAACAAGUACAAUCAGAUCAGAAAGAACAAUUUUACAUAAACCUGACAGAUAGAGACAAAGAUAGAUUAACAGGUACUUUCUUUCCUUUACUUUUUCCUCUUCGGUUACCCUAAAAAAAAAGAAUAUUAGCUUGAAAACUUUUGCACAAUCAUUGCUUUUAUCUUGUUGUAUGAUUAUGCUGUAAAUAAUUGUUGUUUAUAAUCAGGAAUGAUCACUAAAACUUUGUACCGUAGUCAACUGUGCCUCUGUAAGGAACUGUUGUACCAUGUCUGUAUCUUUUUAAACACAGUGGACAUGUGUAUAUAUACCGUUUAUACAUGUAGGUAUGGUACAUCACUGGUCGUUAAAGACUAGCAUACGCAAAUAAAAACUUGAGACAA